UCAAUUUGUGGAAUGCAGGUUAUUUUGCGCCACCAGUGGAACAGUUUGAAGCAUAAUUCCUCAUGUCCAAGCUACUCAAAGGAUCUAAGAAAGUACCUACACAAUUAGACCUAAGUAUCAUCGAAGUAAAAUCGAAGUUUGAUGCAGAAUUUCGCAGGUUUCCCUUAGAUAAAACGCGACUGACGUCGUAUGAAGAUUUCUACAAGCAUGUACAGGCGAUUCACAAGUUACAAUCCAUUCCGUUCUCAACAUGGUACACGGACAUGUAUGGAGACCUACUCCCAAUUAACAACGAUGAUAACUUUUUACGGGCUGUGACAACGGCUAGGCCGCUUUUGCGGGUUUUCGUCCAACGCAAAGGAGGUGACGUCCCUGAAGAGAAUGCCGUACCCCCUGAAGUACCAAGGCGUCGGAACUUGUUAUCAAAUCUUACAAACCCAGCCAAAUCCCAUCUCAGUAGGAUAUCAAUCAGUGGCCCUCAGGAUUUCCGGCGAGUUUCUGCAAUUGUUGACGUGGACAUUAUCCCUGAAACCCAGCGCAGGGUUAAAUUAUUGAAGCACAACACAGAUAAACCACUAGGGUUUUACAUACGAGAUGGAACCAGUGUUCGUGUAACGCCUAGUGGACUAGAACAGGUUCCAGGAAUUUUUAUUUCAAGGCUUGUCCCUGGUGGGCUUGCAGAAAGCACUGGUUUGUUGGCUGUAAAUGAUGAGGUUCUUGAAGUUAAUGGUAUUGAAGUGGCAGGGAAAACUUUGGAUCAGGUAACAGACAUGAUGAUCGCAAAUAGCCACAACCUUAUUAUAACUGUGAAACCUUCAAAUCAGUUUAACAAUCCAGUGCUUGGAAGACUGAAUCGGGCUGAGCCAGAUCGCAUGAAAUCACAGAGCCUUACAAAUUUAGCAACACAUUCUAUUCAUAAUCCAGUACUUACUACAGGAUCACCAACAAUGCAUCACGCUUACCACAAUGAAUUGGCAGAAGAAAUCCCAGACAGUGAUGAAGAAGAUCACCCAACAGUUGAUGAAGAUGGCAUUGUGUCUAUAUAAUCAUGUAUCAUUCCAAACUCAUUAUGGUGACAAAUCAAUGUAGAAAUAUUGUUACAUGAAUAUACGUGAAUGUAUAGUUUAAACUCAAGAGCAAUUUUCUAGGUGAGAGGAAUUUCUAUGUUUUAAAUUUAGAUAUCAAAAUCCUUUUUCUUGAUACAAAAUGAAAUGAACCACUUGUCAUAAAUCAAACUUUGAUUUAAAAAAUUAUCAAUAGUUUACUCAUUUGAUCAAUACUUACAACAAUUUUUUGCUAACUUUUUGACUAGUAUCCUUUGAGUUUUUAAUAAAAGUACUCAGAGUCUUUCCA